AGCUGGACCAGCAUCUCUCAUUCUCCAGCUCACUCACCUGUCCACUCAACAUGAAGGUUCUGGUUCUGUUCGCCCUCGUGGCUGUCGCCGCCCCCAGGCCUCAGUCUGUCAACGUUUCUGGUCCAUUGGUGGAGCUGAAGCUUGUUUCCGGCUCACCAAGCGUGCCCAACACUGCUUCCUACUCUGUUGAUGCUGAGCCACAAGCUAAUCACCAGGUGCUCCUCUACCACUCGCAAUUCGCUCCUGGCGCCUUUCCCUACACCGCCUAUAGCGUCCCAUACACUUACACUGUCCCAGGUGUGAGCUCUAAGCUUACUCUUCCCCUUGUUGCUCGGGCCAGCAUCCCCAACGUGUAUUCAACCAUCACUCCAUACUCUGGCAUCUAUCACUCCGCUGAUAACCUUACCCUUCCUUACACCGGACUCUACCCACCUCUCUUAUCUAUUGUGAUAAGUCCCAAAUUAGAUAUAAAGGCGUAUGACUAAGGACUGAAAUGAAGGAUUUGAGAGCUGCUGGAUAACGACGCUUCUCCGUUGUUAAUUGGCUGAUGUUGGGACACACUCCGCAUCAACACGUUCCUUAAUUUAGAUAACAAAAGCGUCGAACCUCAUGUUUUCCAACUACGGUUAUCUUAGUGAGCUUCUGAGCUCGCUUGGCCAAGUAAAAGUCAAAGAGCCGGACUGCAGACGAAAAUUUGUCACUUUGAGCAGUUAUUACUAAGCCUGAUGGAUCUGAUCACAUGCUGACGAUGUCUGCUUGUUGAUUAAUAACCAGUCACUCUCCUCUUCUUGUCAAUUUUUUUUUUCAGAUUAUUUCAGAAAUAAAUACAUAAUUGGCUCAUGGGGAAAGAGUGCAUCUAAGUUCCUUAAGAAGCUAGGCGAAAGACUCAUCAGGGAAACUAGGGGUCCCAGGGCAGCUAGUUUACCGUUCCACAGAUUCAGCGCUGCUGUUCAGAGGGGUAACGUCAUGCUGUAUCUUGGGUACGUGCCCCAGCUCUAAGGAGAUGGAGGAGAUUUUCGAAUUAUAAUCAGUGACAAGCACGUAACAAUAUGUACUAGACAUGUAUCUCAUGUACACCUCAUGUACUGUGUAUGUCAUCGUUAUAUCAGCACUGUAUCUCUUAAAUCUUUUGUUCCAUAUUAUGUAAUAAAAUAUACCUAUUGGUAAAAAGGAAUGAAAAGAUGGGGUGGUAGGGGAAGUGGAAGAUUCAAACGGUUUCAGGAAGAAACCCAAUAUUCUUCCUUGAAGCCUUUUUAUCCACUUCUCAGAGGCUAUGGGUCCCACAAUUUGCACCAGAGGCGGACUUCUUCCUUUACACACACACACACACACACACACACACACACACA